AUGCCAUCAGGUCAAACCACAACUCUUUCAACAUCAGUUGUUCCCAAAGGGGUAACAGUAACAUCACUAACUACUGUAGCUCCAAUAUCUAAACAAUCAACAGAUGUAGCCCAAACACCAACAAAACCAAGAACUUCAACUGCAAAACCUAAAAAACCACUUGAUAUUUUUACAGUAAUAAAUGAACUUACAAGUAAUGCUUCUAUGACUAAUGAAACGUUAGAGUAUCUUGUUAAUGUGAUUGGAGACAAAAACAACAAGUUUCACGUGUUCCUGCCUACUUUACUUGCAAUAGACACCAGAACUCCGAUAGCAUUAUUAAAGAAGGUUCUAGUUCAUCCAGACUAUUCAGUGAAAAUGUUAGAUGCCUUAGCAAAAGAUGUGACAUUGGCUAAACUUGUGUUGAAACCCGUGUUUGAUAAGUCUAAUGAUACUGCUGAUAUUCUAUCAAUGAUCUUUUCAUCUGAAAAACUGACUAUAAAGUUGCUGGAAAUGUUAUCUGCAAAGCCUAUGCUUUCCCAAAUUGUGGUUGAAGGAAUGGUUAAAAGAAUUGAUGUUGUGUUGUCAUUACUGAGUAAUUACAACCAAUUGAUCGGACAAAUAUUAAGUAAACCAGAAAAUGUUGUUAGAUUAAUCGCCGUUGCUUUACAAGGAACUCCUCUUAAGGAUUCCCUCAUUGGAAAGUUUAUGAUUGAUCCAGUAAAUCAAGUGACUAUCAGCAAUUUGAUUAAAUUUAUACAAGGAAGAAACGAUUCUGGUGUGGAAUUGCCGCCUAUUUUUGUACCUGCAAUUAUUAGAAAUCUACUGGCUAAUACGCAACUUGGCAACUUUUUAACAGCACUGAAGACUGGUCAAAUAAAAACGUUUCAACAGUUAAUUGGUGCGAUUCAAGGUAUAUCUCAGAACAUUUCUGAAGUUCCUGAAGCAAUAUUCAAAUCAGUGAUCAAUUUCUUUAUUUCAAGAGGAAAUGACAGCUUUAAUUCCACGGAUGCUAAUAAUGAACUGGUCUCAACUCUGUACAAAGAUGCAUUACAUAACACGACCAUCGGGAAACUGCUUGGUUCACUGGAAACAGGAAAGUUACCGAAUAUAGUCCAAAUAACAUCAUUAGCUAAAGGCCUUGUCCAAAAUCUUCACGAAGUACCAACAGUUUUAAAACAACUAACCGAAUCAUUAGAAGAUAAUCUACAGGAUCAAUGUGCUGUCGACUCAUUGUUUUCUGCUGUAGGUUUGUUUCAUCUGGAGUCCUGGGCUCUCAAAUUUAUUGAUGCUAGUGGUAAACCAGAGAGAAGUAUAUUAAAAGGAAAUAUAGCAUUUAUGGGGGCUUACGAUGAAUGUACUGAAAUAAGUCAACAAGUCACCAACAAACAUGGCAGUCAUCUGAUUGAAGGUGGUUAUUGUGAAUUAGCUUUUACAAUACCCGAAGCUUUCUUCAAUACCUUUGCCAAAUCUGCAGCUCAUAUAGAAGGAGUAUCGCAUGAUCUCAGAUUAGAUUUAUGCUUACCUAAAUCAUGUCGUGAAGAAAUGGUAAACAGAACUCUGGUAAAUCUUUUGGGAGUUGGUCUGUCAACGAUACAUUGCAAAGAAGACAAAUCAUUGAAAGGAGACACGGGUGCAUAUGUGGCUCUAGCAGUAUUCGGUUUUCUUGGAUUUCUAUGUAUCCUUGGAACGGCAUAUGACAUUUAUUUUUCCCUAAAGAAGGUGAAGGGUGACGAGGAUGAUAAUGAAGAUGUAGAUGAGGUUGUACACCAUGAAAGUGAAAAGAAUGGACAUGUUGGUCCUGUUUUAUUGCUUACCAAAUUUACGGGUUCUGAAGAGGAUGGACUGCCACAAGUGGAAAAAGGAGGAGAGUAUAAAAUCCAUGAUGAAAUUCAGGCAAAACACAAGUUAGAUAGCAGUUUUAGAGCCAAACCUGUUGAAGCUAACAGAUUUUUUAUGGCUUUUUCAAUCCGGGCCAAUGCAAAGAAGAUAUUAAACGCUUCUCAACCAAAAGGCAGUUUGACCUGCCUGAACGGAAUAAGAGUCAUCAGCAUGUCUUGGAUUAUCAUAGGUCAUAUACUUACAACCUUUAACACAACAGUAGAAAAUUCAACAGAAGCCCUUGAGUUUAUUGAAACAUUUUCCUUUCAAAUCAUGUUGAAUGCACCAUUAGCAGUUGAUACCUUCUUUAUAUUAAGUGGAUUACUUGUUUGUUAUUUAUUUGUGAAAGAAAUUGAUAAAACUGGAAAAAUUAAAUUACAACACAUGUUUAUGUACUACUUUCAUCGAAUUUGGAGAUUAACUCCAUUGUAUGCCUUGGUGUUAUUAUUCUACACCUGCUUGAGUCAAUAUCUAGCCAGUGGACCAUUCGACGAUGAACAUCCUCUUUAUAGAGAAAAUUGUCGAAAAUAUUGGUGGAGAAAUCUUCUUUAUAUUAACACUUUGUUUGAUACAAAGGAAAUGGUAAUAUCUCUAUUUACAACCUUCCUUGUUCCCGUUUGA